AUGGUGAAGGCGGCGUUCGGGCGGGGCCUCGAGGGUCGACAGCCAUGGAGACUGCAGAGGAGCCAGCUGUGGACCACACCGGGAGUGAAGCUGUUUGGGGUGCUUUCGGCGCACCGUGCCAUUGUCGAGGGUGACUGCCACCACAGUGCGGCCAAUGAGCGACGAGACCCUGAUGCGGACCACCAGGCACGAUUCUCAAAUGUAAAUAAACACGCAAAAGAACACAGUACACACGGCCACGUGGCCUUGCCGCUCGACUCGUACCACCAUCCCCGCGAGGAGCGUUCAAGUGGCUUUGAUGGGAGUUGGUAUACCACUUCUCCACAAAAAAUUUUCUGUGGCUUCGGGUGCCAGAUGCAUCACGCAGCUUACUGCCUAAUUGUUGCGUAUGCGAUGGAGAGGACUCUGGUGUUCUCGGACAGCACUCUGAACUACGCGGAUACCAGAUGGGACGAGGUUUUCCAGCCACUCAGUAACACAUGCAACGACUUGGAUGCAAGUGACUUUCCUGGUGCGCGCAGAGACCGCCUGGUGGUGCGGCUAGGGGCGGCCCGCGGCUUCCUGGCGCACACGCCGUUCCAUCCGCCGGCAGUGCCCGCCGACCUGCUGCCGACGGUGCGGCUGUUCCACGGCGCGCCGCACGCCUGGUGGGUGGGCCAGGUGCUCAGCUACCUGAUGCGCCUGCAGCCUCGCUCCGACCAGCUCGUGAGGGCAGCACUGCGCCGUCUCAACUUCACCAGGCCCAUCGUGGGGAUCCACGUGCGAAGAAGUGACAAAUUGUUCCACGAAGCUGAAUAUCACGCCGUCGACGAGUACAUGGCCGCAGUAGAGGACAUCUACGAAACGCUCGAGAUAACAAACGGCGGCGGAGCCAGGAAGAUAUACGUGGCUACAGACGACGUCAGUGUUUUCGAUGAGAUCAAUAAAAAGUGA